AUGGCCAGCUCUGCAUUUGACGAAGAAGAUAUCCCCACGAAGCGCGAGUCACAUUUCAACAAUCAGCGCUCGUCACUGCGCUCUUCCACCCUCUCAGAAGAGUCGUCGCAUCGCCCACGACCACGAUCCCGAACACGCAGCGACCUGCGCCGCCUGCACGACUUCAACCUCGACCUGGAACGAGUCUACUCGGAACGAGCGGAUAGCGAACCAGUACCCUCUUCCCCUACCUCGACAGCUUCGCCUGCCCCCAACGUUCCGUAUACCUCGCGCCAACGCGAUCGAUCGUACAGCAGUGUGAAGCGACGGGACCGACAUUCCGGAAAGCACAACUCACUCAGCACCCUUUCCUCACGAGCCGGCCAAGUGAAAUCUGGCGAAGACCUCCUCGCACCAGAAUCCUGGCUGCAUCUCUACAACGAAAACGCCCAGUCGCCCAAUCUUCCACAACCCUUGCGGACACCCAGGACGCGAGGACAUAGCAGACAUUCACAGGCUGAGAAUGGUAGUAGACCGGCUUCUCAAACGCGGCAGCAGCAACGAUCGAGAAGACCGUCUUUUCCGUUGGGACGAGUAGCGCCCGGUGCUGCAUCAGGGUCUCAAGUAGACAUUACCGCCUUGCCCAGCAUGUCGCCUGUUCAAGAAGACGAUAAUCACAACCAUAACCACAACUAUGACCCACACGCAGAGUACUACCUGCGCUCCAAGCGCACCCCCGGUGCCCAAAAAGCAUCAAGAUUAGCUACAGAACUCUAUACUGUCUCCUACCUAAUCUUCUUCGCUAUAUGGGGCACGCUAGCUCGUCUGGGUCUACAAGCCCUUACCUUUUACCCCGGCGCGCCAGUCAUCUUUUCUGAACUAUGGGCCAACGUCGCAGGAACUUUCAUCAUGGGCUUCCUGUCCGAAGACCGGCGUCUUUUCGCCGCGGAAUGGGGUCAGCACCGCGGUGACGGUAGUGGUGGAAAGCUACCAGAGCCCCCUGAUUAUCCCGCCGACCACUCCCGUGACAAAUCCCGACAUGGAAAAGUCAAAAAGACAAUACCCAUGUACAUUGGCCUCGCAACAGGCUUCUGCGGCUCCUUUACCAGUUUCUCAAGUUUCAUACGCGACAUCUUCCUAUCGUUGUCAAACGACUUGAAAAGCCCGAUAAACCAUCCUUAUCCCGCAAACGUACCUGUGCCAUCUCCCACCAGCACAGUCGCGCGGAAUGGUGGAUACUCCGUAAUGGCCAUCCUAGCCACCAUCAUAAUAACAAUCUCAACAUGUUACUGCGCGCUGCACAUUGGCGCUCACCUCGCGCUGGCGUUAGACCGCAUAACACCCACCAUCCCCUUCCGCUUCACACGACGGUUCCUGGACCCGGUUUUCGUGGUGCUGGGUUGGGGCGUAUGGUUCGGCGCCAUCAUCAUGGUGUGUCUGCCACCGCAUACUUCCUGGCGCUCUCAAGCCCUCUUCGCCAUCGUCUUCGCGCCCGCGGGUUGUUUGCUCCGGUAUUACAUCUCCUUGCUGCUUAAUCCCAUUGCUCCUUCUUUCCCGCUGGGGACAUUCACUGUCAAUAUCUUUGGGACGGCCGUGUUGGGUAUGGCGUAUGAUUUGCAACAUGUGCCGUUGAGUAGUACCGGACGUGUGGGAGCGAGUGUGGUUGCGUGUGCGGUGCUUCAGGGGAUCAUGGAUGGGUUUUGUGGGUGUUUGACUACGGUGUCGACGUGGAUUGUUGAGAUUGAUACGCUGAAACGGAGGGCCGCGUAUAUCUAUUCGGGCGUGAGUGUGGGCGCGGGGUUGGGGCUGCUUGUCAUUAUCAUGGGGAGCGUGAGGUGGACGAUUGGGUGGCAGGAGACUCUGUGUGAUGUGAUGUGA